CAAAAGAGUCAUAAGGGUUUUAAGAGAAGCGGUUCCACCAUGAUGACGCGGCGCAAGACACGAUCUUGUUCGAAUCCAAGGAAUGAAGAAGUGAAACCUGAACCGAUCCCGUUCGAUCUGGUAAUCGAGAUACUCUUGAGAUCGCCUGUGAAGUCUAUAGCGAGAUUUCGUAAAGUAUCGAAGCUAUGGGAGUCCACACUGCGAGGUCCACAAUUCACAGAGUCCUUCUUUACCUUGUCUUGGUCUCGUCCCAAGAUUUUGUUCACAUGCCUCAAAGACGGUGAAACAGUCUUCUUCUCAUUACCACAACCUCAUCCUCAAGAUCCGUCUAUUAUAACCGCCAAUAUUCAUAUGAGUUUCCCAAUCAACUGUUCCUCUCAUAUCUGUCGUCCUGUUCGUGGCUUGGUAUGUGGUUUACAUCGACGAAAAACCAAGGGGGCGACAAGUACUGUGCCAUUAAUAUGUAACCCUAGCACAGGGGAAUCCUUUCCCUUACACAAAGUGAACACAAGGAGGAAGGCAGUGAUAAGCUUUUUUGGGUAUAAUCCUAUCGACAAAAGUUUCAAAGUAUUGUCCAUGACUCGGUCAUCCGGAGGACUCUCUCAUUCUGGAGAGCAUCAAGUUCUGACGUUUAAAACCGGGACGAAAGGUUCAUCAAGGAAAAUGAUAGAAUGUGACAUACUACAUCAUCCUUCUGUUGUGGAGCAAACAAAUGGCUUUUGUCAAUAUGAUGGGAUAUGCAUCAAUGGUGCUUUGUAUUACUUAGCCGUGGUGUAUGCUGUCUCUAACGGGUAUCCUGAUGUAGUACGCUUUGAUUUGGAAUCUGAGAAAUUCAGUUAUAUCAAGAGAGCUGAUCAUGUCGUGGAAACAUACUCGGGAGGACAUCUUGAACCAACUCUGGUCAACUACAAGGGUAGAUUAGGUAAGCUUCAUCCGAGUUAUUCUAACGACAGAGCAUGCACUGGUAUUCAACUAUUGGUUCUUGAAGACGCCGGGAAACACCAAUGGUCGAGUUAUAUCUACGUUUUGCCUCCUCCCUGGAUGAAUAUAUAUGAUGUAAAGACCAAGUUCUGUUUUGUUGGAACCACUGUUGAAGGUGACAUUGUCUUGUCACCAAACACUAUAUCCGACUUUUUCUACCUUCUCUUCUACAGUCCGGAGAGGAACACUAUCAAUAUAGUUGGAAUCAAAGGAAUGGAAAGUUUUAAGGGUCAUAAAGCUUACGCCUUUCUAGACCAUGUGGAGGAUGUGAAGCUUGUGGAUCGUGGUCCCGUAACAUAGUCCGUUUUCUAUCUUAUUUGGUUAACAAUACUAUAUAUCUCUUUUUAUGUUUUCGUGAUAUGGUCUUCAUCUUUUAUCAGUGGUUCAUACAAUACAUGUAAGCUAUGGUUGUUUAUUUUAAAUUCUUCUUUUUAU